AUGAAGAAGGAAGCUAUUCAGGACCAUAAAUUUGAUUUCGUAAAUGUUUAUGACUUUGAAAAAAAGGAUUGUCUGCAUAAAAUGAAAUAUAGUAAGAUAUUUUUUAUCGUCUUAAAAUCUGUGCUGGUAUAUAUCGCAGAUCUGUGGACAGCUUGUGCUUUAUUACUUACGGAUAAAUGGGGUAGCGCCAUAAAUCCCGAGAUAUCAUUUUCAAUUUCAAAAUGGAUUUUUGUCGGUUCAAUAGUUAUAUCUUAUAUACUUUUGUUUUGGGAAAUUAAAAAAGCUCAUGCUAUUGUUAUUUCCGGAGAUAUUUCUUUCGCUUUUACCAAUAUGAUCGCCUAUCGAUAUUUUGCUUUAACGAGUUAUGCUCAUUGGUGUUUUUUCGAGGCGAUAAGAGAGAGACAAAAAGGAUUAGAUAAAAUUGCAUUUUUCGUUUAUUUUGCAUUCAAAGGGUGGAAACGUCUUCUACUUUGUGAUGGGCCUCGCCAAGUGAUUAAUUUUAUAACGAUAAUUGGUUUUCUAAAAAAUAUAAAGUUUUCAACUGAUCCAGAUAAAUACGGUUCACUCUAUGCAAAAUCAGCUUUGGGAAUUAUGGCAUUCACAGUUUCAAUCUUCUUUAUUUCUCUUAGCUUACUGUUAUUCGCAUUUAUCCUAUAUUUACCUCUUCUUUGUUGCUAUGUGAAAGGGAAUUUAAAAGAAUACUGUUGUCGCAAAAUUGAUAAAAGAAUUGGUGAACUUCUUAAGAAACAACGAGAAAGGCGUACAAGAAUCGGAGCUAAAAUUUAUAAUGAUCAAAAACAAAAACAAGAGGAAUUUCUUAUUUCACCUAAACCAGCAAUUUAUAAUAAUAAUAAUUUUAGUCCUAAUUCUCAUAAUUCUUUAAAUAGUGACAAUUCUUUCUAUCCUACUGACCCACACAUACUAAAAAAUGGAAAACCUAUUUAUAGACAACCAAAUGAUCCAUAUCAGCAAAAACCUUUGUCAAUACAGAAUAAAAAUUAUUAUUCAAAUACUAAAAAAGAAUAUUUUUAUGAUCCAAUAUCUUCGGAUCAAAAUCAAAAUUCAUAUGGAUUUGAAACGCAAGCCGAGCACAAUAUUUCACCCGUAAAUAUAUCAAGUAAUACUUACACAACACAAAAUCCAUAUGUAAUGGAAACGCCAAUUGAGCACAAUAUUUUACCUGUAAAUAUUUCAAAUAAUACUUAUCUAACUGAUACAACACAAAAUCCAUAUGUAAUGGAAACGCCAAUUGAGCACAAUAUUUUACCUGUAAAUAUAUCAAAUAAUACUUAUCUAACUGAUACAACACAAAAUCCAUAUGUACCAAUUGAGCACAAUAUUUUACCUGUAAAUGUAUCAAAUAACAUUUAUUUGACUGAUACAACACAGAUUAAUUCUUCCCAAUUUACAGAAACUUAUCAAGAUAAAGUUUUACCAAAUAUAACUUCAACAUUAAAUGCAACAACUAUUACAACAAAGCAUGAAACAUCAUUUCCCAACUUUAUGCAUAAUCAAAAUCAUAUAAUUGAAGAAGAUAUAACUGAGCAAAGUUCAACAGUUAUUAGUAGUAAUGUUAGUAUUAACAGUGAAGGAAGUAAUGGAGGGCCUAUAAUUACUCUCAAUAAUAGUCCGCCAUUAUCGCCAUUAAUUGGUAGAUAUAGUACCGAUCGUAAAACGAAACGAAUCUACAGCAACUUUAGCAAUUAUAAAUUACAAGGUGGUGGAAAGUAA